AUUUAUAAUAUAUUAUUAUAAAUAUAAAAAUAAUCUGUAUACAAUGCAAUAUGUAAAUUAACGUUUUACAUACCAUAUGUAAUCUACGCUGGAUUAUAGAUAAGACAGAUUAGAUUUUAUCAGAAAUAAUGAAAAUUGUGUAUGUUGUAUUUUUUAAUUUAAAAUUUUUAAUAUUAUAUAUAUAAUAUGUGUUUAUUUUACCAAUGCUAUCUAAAGUCAGAUAUAUUAAUAACUUAAUUUUAUUAAUUUAAUAAAUUUUUCUAUACUAUGAUAUCCAAUUUAUAAUAAUUUUAUAUACAUUACUUGAAUUGUUUCUAUAUGAAAAAGAUGUUUAUAAAUAUAUAACAUAAACAAUACGUAAAUAAUCCGUAUUAGAUAUGAUUAAUUGAAUUUUAUGACAUAAUCCUACUCCAACGCAUCUAACUUCGUGUAAAACCUGUAGAACGCAGCGCCUUGUCUAAUAAUUUAGUAGAGGGCGCAAAGUUCGCAUAUCGCGUGCACUGCCACAUUGGUGCAGGAGGAGCCAUUAGAAUUUUUCCAUUGGAACACCAAUCAGAAAAUUUACACGUACUCAGAAUGUCUGGCCAUCUGAAGUUAACUGCAUUCCGAGAUUUCAGUGCAUGUAACGUAUUCUAGAAAUUGGAACUCAGCUAACUUCAUAGUAUUCCUGUCGGGGGUGGUGUGUGUGUGUGUGGUGUGUGUAUAUUAUGAUGUCUAUGUGUGUAUGUAACACAGUGCAUCCAAUAGAUUCACUAUUAAUUAGCCAAUUGUCGUCACGCUAGCAACAGAAGUCGCGUGUGAAAUGUAAGUGGGAUUAGACGCUUUUUACUUGAAAUUUUUGCUUGAAAGUAGUUGAUGAAGCUAACCGCAUGAAUACAUGGGAUUUAUUAAAUCCAGAAAAAAAGAAAAAAUUAAACACCUUAUGUUCAUUAUAAUAUUAUAUUCAACUUUGAUAAAAAAAAAACAUGACUGUUUUCCUGAACAAAUUUAACUCGAUUUGGGAAUUGAGGACCAUAAAACAUCAAUUAUAUCUGACUAAGUUUCGUGACAUAUCAGCUAUAAAAAUACACUAGAAUAACAGGAUGGUCCAGAGACCAGUUUGCGUUGCAAUCAAGCAUUGAUGGAUUAUGAGAGGAAAGUGGGGAAAGCAAUCUGUCAAGCAACUUAUAAAUACCUAUUGUCGAUAGCGACUAACGAGUUAAAUUACAAAGUUUAUCAUAAGUUUACGUAUAGUCUGCAAUGCAAUAUUGCAACAGAUAAUUGACCACGAUAUUCCACAUCGUGUGAUAAAACGCAGCCAUGAAUUCGGCAAAGAGUAAUGGGGAGACUGGCAAUGGGCUAGAAGACCUUGGUAUACCAGGACAGGUGUACUUGAGAGAUGCUUUGACAAGUUGUACAGAUCCACUGAAAGCCAUUGAAGGAUUUCAGCUGGAAAAUGGUAUAUUGCUACCAUCAUUGCGGCCCAUGUUACCUUUACUCGAUCUGCAUGGAGUCAGAAGGUUAGAUUUUCAUGCCUCUGUUCUUGAAGAACUUCGGGAGAAACUGAUCAAACAGAUUGACGAGAUUGGCGCGGAAAGGGCGGACAAGGGCACUGGAGACAAGAGACUAAAGGAAUUGUUAUCAAAAAGUUUCCCUGCUGUUAGAGUCCCCGCCUUACGACCUGUUGUCAUGUGUAUCCUGAGGAAUACCCUGCACAUUGACGACAAAUAUCUACGAGUGUUGGUUAGGGAGAGAGAACUGUACAAUGAUGCUGAUACAGAAGUAAAACGCCAGAUAUGGAAAGAUAAUCAGAGUCUUUUCGGCGACGAAGUCUCGCCGCUGUUCAGUCGUUAUAUCAUUGAGAAAGAACAGAUUCUCUUUGAUCAUCGCAACUUGAACAGCCUCUUUUUCACACCCUCUCCCAAGAUGAGGAGACAAGGGGAAGUUGUACAGAAGUUAGCUCACAUGAUUGGGCAUAGUGUAAAACUGUAUGAUAUGGUACUGCAGUUUUUAAGGACUUUGUUCUUACGCACAAAGAACGUCCAUUAUUGCACCUUAAGAGCAGAACUGUUAAUGGCAUUACACGAUUUAGAGGUGCAAGAUAUUAUUUCUGUAGAUCCAUGUCAUAAAUUUACCUGGUGUCUGGAUGCAUGCAUCCGAGAAAAGAAUGUGGAUAUUAAAAGAUCUCGUGAGUUGCAGGGCUUCCUGGACAGUAUUAAGAGAGGUCAGGAGCAGGUGUUAGGGGAUCUAAGUAUGAUUUUGUGCGAUCACUAUGCGGUAAACUUUCUCGCUAGCAGUGCAAUCAAAAUAGCGCUUCAUUUGAUAAACGGUGAAGCGUUGCCCCGAGAAAACUCAGUACUUGUACUAUUGUUGAGAAUGCUCGCGUUAGGCCUUUCUGCUUGGCAGAUGAUUGAUUCGCAAGACUUUAAGGAGCCAAAACUAGACAGCCAAGUUGUCACAAAAUUCCUGCCAGCACUUAUGUCACUCAUGGUUGACGAUCAAAUAAGACAGCUCAAUUGUAGACUUCCACCUGAUGAGAGAGAAAGUGCAAUCGCGAUCAUAGAACAUUCCGGACCACCCCCUGACGCGUGCCAAGCGUAUGCUCAACUAUCUGGAGUAGCGGCAGUUCUGUCUAUGUACUACGCAUUACACGUUGGAGGUGGUGGUGGAGUUGGAAAGAGCAGAGGAGAUGCCAGAGGUUUAAUGAGGGUAUUAGCGACAUUACCGAAUUGUCAAGCGCAGCGAGCUUUUGAGGAUCCAUUUCUACACACACUGGUUUCGUUAUUAAUAUUGAACAUGGCUGACGAAUUCUCUAACGAGUCUUUCUGUACAGUUAUCUUUGACGAGUUUUUCUUGGCCGGCCUAGGUAGGGACAAUGUUACAAGACAUCUAUUGAAAUUACUUUGGUAUAUACAUCCUAAAUUGCCGUCCGCGCGAUUACAUUCGUUACUGAAAGCCUUGCAACCAACAAGUCAGCAUAACGAAGCAGUCCACACUCUUUACGAAUCUUUGCGUGACAAAGUUGGCAAUUAUUCUACAGAGGACCAGUUAAUAGCGACAGCUCAAAUGGAUCCAUUAAGUCUCGAUUGUUCUACCUCUGUAUUUACAGGAAUACCAUCGUCAACAUCGAGCACGUGUCCACUUUAAUAUUCAAUUUAAGAAAAGUGAAAAAAAAGGAAGAGUGAUUUGAGCUUCCUUGGUUUACGAAUGCAAGAGUGAUCACUGUGAUGUGUACUAUCAUGUAUCUUCUAAUUUAAUUUUUUGUCUUCAAUAUAUCCAUGACUUGUCAUGGAGAAAGGAGGAGUUUUUGAUAAUUUUUUAAUAACAAAAAACAAUGUAAUUAUAAAGUAACUAAAAAAUUGUGCGAGAUAUUGAGAAAAAACCGUACAAAGUAUUAUACAGAAUAUUAUAUUUUCAAAAAUAUAUUUUACGUCAAAUUAAAUAUAAUAAAAUAAAAA